CCACCAAAGCAUCUUCAAUCUCCCCUACUUCACUUUUUCUUCUUUUAGAAUUGGAAUUGAAAAUUCCCACAAUCUUACCACCAUGCCUCACCCAAUCAUGCUCUUUAAGAAACCUCUGAAACCUACUGAUAUCACCAAAAGGCUGGCUAUCCGGACAAAGAGUCUCGAAUUCCUUCCACAUUUCAAUGGAGGCCACGCUGUAAACUUGAACGUUUUGUACGAGGGAAGGGUUUGGCCGAUGGUAUGCAGCACUAGGAAACAGGGGUAUAAAAAACCUGUUCUCUCUAUUGGUUGGAUUCCCUUUGUUUGCGAGAACCACUUGAAUGUCGGUGAUGUAGUGGCCCUCUACAAGGAGGAAGAUGAAGCAGGAUUGCAAUACCGGAUGGAGGUGAACAGAGCAACCCGGGUGUCUCCACCUAAUGGAAAUUUUGGGGUCGCAACGCCUUACAAGUCUAAACAGAAAGCAGAAUUCAAUCAAUUUGGUGAAGCUUUAUUCAAUAGUUCUAAGACGACAAAUUUAGGAUUGGUCAGCGGUCCAAAGGAAAUUGUAUUAAAUUUAGAUUUGACUCUAGGACCACCAGGGAAGUUAUCAAGCUAACUAGAAAGCAUGGUAGAGAAUCAAUAAUGCUUUCUAGCUUGAUUUGUUUUUUUAUGGUAAGAAUUUCUAGAAAAGCAAGCAACUACUACAUGUUUUUGUUUAACAGUGAAUGAGAAGUGAUUGUCACAAAUCAAUAAUUUUAGUAUUU